AUGUCGUGGACGGCCUCUCCCCUCAACCCCAGACCCCUCGCAUCCAUCCAUUCAGACAUACCAUCGAUGUCGUCCAAAAAGGCAAACAAUAGUAAAAGUAAAUCCAAUGCUAAUAAGACGGAUAAGAGGGCCCAGAGCUUAGCGCAGGACAAUAGGAACGGUAGCCUCAGGAGCGCCGACUACGACGAGCUGAGCACCGGUGAUGAGCUGAAGCCCGAGCCCUUAGACCCCGAAAAGUACGAGACUUUCAGACGCAUCGCAUCCGCCGAAGAGAGCGAAGAAUUAGACACGUUUUAUAACGCGUCGAGCGAUGAUGGUUAUGAUCUGACCCACGAGACGGGUAAUGAUCUGUCGGGUAUGGAUCCCAUCCGAAGGGAACAAUUACAGGAGGAAUGGCGGCUAGAAUUGGCUAAAACGGAAGAGGAGAUCCAAACGCUGCGACAGGUGUUGACGUCGAAGGUUCAGAGGGCGCACGAACUCAAGAGGAAACUGGGAAUCACUGUCUGGAAGGAGUUCCGCGAAGACAUGGAACAGGGCAUCAAAAACAUCCAGGAGACCACCGCAUAUAAAGAGACGUCCGAUAAGAUCGUCGAAUGGAAUACCGUCAUACAAAGUGCCCCCAUCUCAGGAUUGGGAAUAUUCUCAGCGCCAGCUUACCAAAAGACGUCCGACGCUGUGAAGACGGCCACUGAGAAGACAUCGUCAGUGUUUGGAUCUCUGGGCGGAAGUGUUGCCCGAAAGUUGGGUGAAGUGAAGAACUCCAAUGCCUUUAAGUCGUUUGAGGAACGGGUGGGCUCUGCCGUCACCAACGUUAAGACGUCCGACGCUGUGAAGACGGCCACUGAGAAGACAUCGUCAGUGUUUGGAUCUCUGGGCGGAAGUGUUGCCCGAAAGUUGGGUGAAGUGAAGAACUCCAAUGCCUUCAAGUCGUUUGAGGAACGGGUGGGCUCUGCCGUCACCAACGUUAAGAGCAAAAUGUCGACCUCCCGGAGCAAUAGCACCAAUAGCUUCGAGGACGCCCUGAACAGCACUGAACGCAAGUCCUCACUGAACGCCACUUCGCCCAUCACUUCGCCGACGAUACCAGAGGACAGACCCAUCUCUUAAACAUCCAAACGUGUCAUGAGUUUUGGAUACGAUUUCUAUUUUUAUUAUAAUUUUUUGAAUUUAAAGUUUAACUUAAGUUUUGUUUGCUUUCCCGACAAUAUAUUUGUGCGCAAAAAGUCUAUGAAAUUGAUUAACUAUUUGUAAUUAUUAUUACUAUUUAUGUUUAAAAUCUCAUCUCAAAUGCUAUUAUAAUUCCUAAGAGUGCUAUCGAUUAGUAAUUUAUGAUUGCAAUUGCUUUUAAAUUUAAUGCUUCGAAGUCUACGGUUUCAAACAAAACGAUUAUUUUAUGAUUCAAUUAUUUAUUUGCUAUAUAUUUGGUGCGAUAUAAAGGCUGAAUAAUGAUUAAAAAAUAAUAAUAAAAAGCUUUUAAAACAAUAAUUGUCUUCAAAUGUCUUUGUAAUAACUGUUCGUAUUGUGUAUUAAAACACUUGAAAAGUAUUUGUUUGCAAAGUUUGUUAAAUAUAAUUUUAAUUUUUGAUAUUACAGUAAAACUCGGUGUCAAUAGUGUACUGCGCCUACAAACACACACACAUCAACACAUUAUUUGUCAAUUGUAUAACUAUUUGUGUACACAAAUCGGUGCUUCACUAUAACGAGACUACUAUUACGACAAAUUAUUAGUACUAUUGCGACAUAUUUCACACAAUUCAGACUCACGAGUAUGUAAUGAGUACUGUAUUUUUGGUAGUAGUUAUAGAAUCUGGAAUACUGUUUACAAUAUCAUUGGGUUGUUUACUAUAACAGUAUACACACUAAUGUUUGUACACUAAUAUCAGUAGUUUAGUAAUACUGUACCUUAGAAUAUCGCAUAGGACUGGUUUACAUAAUAUGAAUAACAUGUGAUAUGAAUAGAAUAGCGUAAGAAUCCACAAGUCUUUCUGUACACAAAUGAGAGAGAAGUUCACUAUUUUAAGAGUUAACUGUAAUCAUAAUACUUU